GUCUUACAGAGACCUGUGCAGGGACAUUUGUCUCUUUGCCAAAUAAUCUAUCAAUGCUUGGAACAGUAGGCCCUCCGGUACCAAAUGUUGAUGUGCGCCUGGAGUCUGUUCCUGAAAUGAACUAUGAUGCUCUAUCAGAAGUGCCUCGUGGAGAAAUAUGUGUGAGGGGAAAUACUUUAUUCUCAGGAUACUACAAACGUGAAGAUCUUACAAAGGAGGCUAUGAUUGAUGGUUGGUUUCACACAGGGGACAUUGGUGAGUGGCAGCCUGAUGGAAGUAUGAAAAUCAUUGAUAGGAAGAAAAACAUCUUUAAGCUUUCACAAGGAGAAUAUGUUGCAGUUGAAAAUCUGGAGAAUGUCUAUGGUCUUGUUCCUGAUGUAGACUCGAUAUGGAUAUAUGGAAAUAGCUUUGAGUCUUUCCUUGUUGCUAUAGUCAAUCCCAAUAAGCAAGCUCUUGAGCAUUGGGCUGAAGUUAAUGGUGUAAGUGGGGAUUUCUCUGCAAUAUGUGAGAACCCCAAGGCAAAAGAAUACAUUUUGGAGGAACUCACAAAGGCUGCAAAAGAAAAGAAGCUGAAAGGUUUUGAGUUCAUAAAGGCAAUUCACCUUGAUCCUGAGCCAUUUGAUAUGGAACGUGAUCUGCUUACCCCAACAUACAAAAAGAAGAGGCCUCAGCUUCUUAAGUAUUACCAGAGUGUCAUUGACAACCUGUACAAAAGUGCGAAGUAAUCUUUUUACCCAUGCAGCUGACAGAGUUUCAUCUUAUGGAGUUAGCAUUGCAUCCUUUCUGCUCCUUGUAAUUUUACUAUCAUUGAUGCUGUGGUAUCCGGUGUAGAUACGUUCAGAUAAUUUAUACUACAAGGAAUCCAAAUGAUAUAUUUCAGUUAUGUCUUUUUGGUGA